CUCUCGUUACAUCAGUGUGCACAGAACUAUUCGUAAACAAGAAAAGUCAGCAUAUAAAAAGAACACUCCUUUAUAAGGCUAUCUCGCUCAAAUUGUUUAUUACAUUCUCCCUGAAGACGAUAUCUCGACCUUCAAAGGAGCCAUUGCAAUUGCUCUUACGUAAUUAGGAACAGACCAACAAGCAACAACGCUCCCGUGGCAACAAUUUCGGGGGACCUCAGAAGAGCCGCGACAGUCUCCAUCUGCAUGGCUUGCAGAGGACCUCCAAUACCUCCUUGCUAAGAAGCAUUACCAAUUCAUCAUGUUGGGGAACGGCUUAACACCUCGACGCCGACAGGUUUUCGCGACCUCCUCCGUAGGAAUGAUCCUGAUGGGAAUGAUGACCUCCUGGGGAUUCCCUUCAGCGUCCCUGCCGCAGAUGGAACAGCCCGAUUCAGAGAUACACUUCACCGCUGAAGCAGCCAGCUGGUUCGCAACGGUCCCGUUCCUCAUGCUGAUCCCUGGAUCCUUUAUCGGGUCCUCUGCCUACGAAUGGGCCGGCCCUCGACGGACGUUCCUCAUCGUAAGUCUGAUUCUAUGUUGCUCCAUCAUGUCCAUGUCGCUGGCAAGCUGGUCUUUGGUUCAAGAGGCAGGAAUGGCCGAGACUCUGCUGCUAGCGAGCAGGGUUGUGCAGGGAUCCGCAGUGGCUUUUCUCAUCCCUUUCGUGUCUGUCUACACCUACGAGAUCAGCGAUCAGUAUCUGAGAGGGACACUGACUAGCAUUACAGAGGCCUUUGCCACGGGUGGUUUCGUACUCUGCUAUCUCGCAGGAUGUUUCCUCUCCUGGAGAACCUCAGCCAUAGUCCUGCCUCUAGUGACCCUAGUACCUGGAUUCAUAGGCGUUUUCUUGUCGCAUGAAUCACCCCUUUGGCUUGCCAGAAUAGGCAAAGAGGAACAAGCAUCGGAAAUCUUGAGCGUCAUGCGUUGCACCGAAGAGGAAGCGUCAUCCGAUCUGAAAACAGCUCGACGAGAUGUUGAUAAAACACCCAAAUGCUCAGAAUCCCUCCAGAUGUUGUCGAAGAAGUCAAAUGCUUUAGCAGUUGUGUUAUCUAGUUCCCUUAUGAUAAUGAAAGAAAUUACUGGAUUCGCAGUCUUAUCGAUAUACGUAGUGCAUAUUUUCCAAGAGGCUGGCGUUGGGCUGGACCCUAAAUGGAGUUCUGUCAUUGUUGGUGUGGCAAGGCUGGCCUGCAAUGUCAUCGGUUCUUUCAUGCUGCACAACUUUCGUCGCAGGUUGAUUUUUGUCGUCGGAAAUACGCUAACCGGGCUAGCCACUGCGACCAUCGGGGCGUUCUUCUAUCUACAAAGUCAAGGUUGGGAUAUUUCCCAUCUCACGUGGCUUCCACUGACUGCUCUAGUCGUGCACAUGGUAGGUUAUGCAGGUGGGGUCGGACCCUGCACUUGGACAGCAUCGGUCGAGGUGCUUCCUGGACCUGUUAGGUCCAUAGGGACAGGGAUCUUCUCCACCAGUUACGCCACUGCCGCCUUUAUCAUCUCGAAAUCCUAUCCAGAUAUCAGAAAUAUGAUUGGACUUCAUGGUGUCUUUUGGAUGUUCAGUGGCGGCUGCGUAGGAUAUAUUCUUCUGGCAAUCUUCUUCCUCCCAGAGACCAAAGGGAAGUCUCUUCAGGAUAUAGAAGACUAUUGGGAAAAUGUUACUAAAAAAAGAAAUGCGCGCGUUUAUGUAUAAGUUUUUGUAUAUGACUGAUUAUCUAGCAUAUAAUCGAUUUUACUUGUACUAUAUAUUUUUUUAUUUUUGUAAUCGAUUUGUACUUGUUAUGGUAAAUGUUUGUGAUUAAUAAAUGACAUAUAUCUCACAAUGUCCUGAUGAUGAAAUUAGUGUUAUU